AUGACUUUGAAAGCGUUGUCACACGAUGUCCGCUCAAUAUUAUCCGCAUCAGCGCAAAUCAACAACUACAAAACAGCUAUUGCGGAAUUAGUAUACAACUCACUAGAUGCCGAAUCAACAUCAAUUGCGAUAAGAGUAAAUAUUCAAGAAAACAAGUUGCAAGUGAUUGAUAACGGGUGUGGUAUAAUGAAAGAUGAUUUCAAAGCACUAGGUAAACGUUAUAUGACCAGCAAGGUUGCUGACAUUACGACAUUAAAGUCAGUGCCGAAAUACUAUGGGUUUCGCGGUGAAUUUUUAACAAAUCUUAUAGAAAUAUCACAAAGUGUAAGUAUAAUAUCUAGGUAUAAAGAUGGAGAGGCGACAUGGGUGCAGACAUUUUAUGAAAAUAAAAAGAAAGAUUUGUUAAGAAUGACAACACGCCCUUCAAAAGGAACAACAGUAGACGUUAAAGGUUUUCUUUACAAUUUAAAUAUCCAAAGGCAAGCAAUACACCCACUAAAUGAUUUGCAAAAAAUCAAAGCAUUCUUAGAGCAGUUUUCUGUCGUUCAUAACAACAUAUCGCUGAGUUUAAGAGACGAUUCUAAAAAUGAAAUUAUAUUCAAAAUUCAUAAACAAAGGGAUAUUUAUCAAACCUUAUCAACUCUUUUUGAUAUUAAUCAACGUGACGUCCAAGAAUUGCAGAUUGAAAAGAAUCAAUACAAAGUAAAAGCGUACAUUGGUAAAACAGAAAAAGUAGUUGAAAAGCACUGGAUAUACUUAAACGGAAAAUUACUUGAAAAUUUUAGCAAGCUUCAUAAAAUCACUAAUGAAUAUUUAAGAAAACAUGUACGUCUGACAGACAUAAAGAAAUCAAAAUAUAGGAACUGGGAGCAAAUAACAGUUAUUUUAGAAAAACUAAUCAAGUUUUAUGUUGGUGAUAUUAAUCUGAAAGAAAUAAAAAGAAGUGAACCAAAAGAUAUAUUAUAUCCUGGGAAAAGGAACACUAAUGAAGAUACUAGGCACGAAAUAAAAAAAAUUGUGCAUAAAAUAUUAGGAAGUAAUUCAAAAAAUAUAAGGGUCUCGCAACUACAAAAUGGUAUUAAAGGUAGACUAAUUAAGAGACGGAAAAGGAACAAAAAUAAAGAAGUAAAUCAUAGAAAACCAUUGCCAAAAUUGAGCGACGUACCACAUCUUCAUGACGAUGAUAAUGCUGCUAAUAUUAAAGUACUAGAAAUAAAUUCCAAGAGUAAAGAAAAACAGGAUUUGGUUAGAGAUGAAGGCAGUACAGGUAAUGAUAAGCCCAGAACACUCAUACCCAUGAAUAAAAGUAUUCCAGUAAACUUAAGGAAACGUAAAAUUGAAAGGGGUAAUCCGAUAAUAGAAAAUAUUGUUAAACAUACUAAAAUCAAGAAAUCCAAAAAAAAUAAGGAGAAUGGAAAAAGCUGGAGUCAACAAGGCCAAGAUAAGAGAGGUAUGCAUCAAGGUGAUAACAGCUUUGAAAUCGGGAUAAAAAAUCAUAAUGUUAUUAAUAGUAAAUACACUACAUUCAACCAUAUGUUUUACCAACAUAAUAACCAAAAGUCACAGUAUGAAAAGAUACCUAAUAGAUUACAUCAGUCUAAAUUAACUUAUGAGAGCACUUACAGUGUAAACAUCGAUAGGGAAAGUAAAAUUAGACAUGCAAAUAACUAUUACGAUGCCCCCGUCGAUUUGAACUCUCAUAGUUUGAGGUGUGAAGAUAUUAAUAAAGAAGAUUUCUUAGAACAUUUCACUCAAAAUUACAGAACGAGCUGUUUGUCUAAUAUACACACAGCAUCCACUUUAACGUAUCAAAGCCAUAAUUACAAUAAAACAAAUUACCUAAAAAUGUACGAUGAAAAUACACAAACACAUAUAGUUGUAAAUCAAAAUAAAAACUGCUCCAUCAGUAAAGCUAAGAAUACAAAAUUUAUUACAAGUCAGUCCAUUGGUAACCUCAUUUCCAGUAGCAAUGAACAUCUACCCAGAAGUUAUUUUAAAAACAAGUAUCAUGGAUACUUUGUUAAGCAGAGUCAGUUGUAUACUAACUAUGGAAAACAGAUGAUAGAUAAAUCUUAUACGAUUGAAUUUACAACAAGCAACGAAAUAAAUAAUCCUUUUAAUAAAGAACAAAUACCAAAAAGGAAUCAGUCUGAGUUUCCUGAGCAUAAUAUGAACAGUAACAACCAUUCCAUACGAAAUUCAUACUCACCAAUCAGUAAACCCACCUUAAAUUUUGGCAACACUUAUACUUUAGUUGCUUGUAGCAAAUCUACUGAUUAUAACGUAACACAGCAUGAAGUGAAUAGUGUUAUACCGACUGAAAUAUUUGGAACCAAUUCAGUGCACUGUUCAAAGACGGGCAGUAAUAAUGAUAUUAUAGAAAUAGACGUAGAAAACAAUAGAAGGCAAGUAAGCCAAAAUAGUUAUGAAACGGAAUUAAUUUCUAAGCCAAAAUCUAUAAAUGAAGAGGUGAUUAUAGACGAAGAUAUACAACCAAUGAAUUUCUGUGAAACAGUAUUUCAUAAAAACGAGAGUAUUGAGAAAGAAUUUGCUUGUAGCUUUUAUGUAAAAAGUAAAUCAAAUGAUUCGUUAUACAACAAUAUAGUUAACAUUAACUGUAGCCAUGAACAUUAUGAAAAAUAUCCUGCACAAACUAUAUCACCGCAGAAUAAUAACGAAAAUGUGUCACAUCACUUUAAUCAUCAUGUAAAUUCUAUGGAUGAAAUUAGUAGACAAUCACUAGUUUCAAACAUAACAAAUGUAGAAGAAAUAAACAAUAGAAAAAGGCAAGGAUUGCCAAAUUUGAAUAGAUAUAAUAAUGAUUAUGACAACGAUGUUGAUCUAGCGCUAUCUGGGUUGAAUGAUGACAACUUUAAUUUCAAAGGUAGACUGCGAUUUUUACCUAAAGGUAUGUCUCAAAUUUUUGAAAAAAACGGAUCUAAAGCUAUCUGCGACUAUAAUUUAGAUGAGGAUUACUACGAAGAUGAAAUUUACAAUGACUUUGCUAAUGACAUAGAAAUGCAAACGGAAAUAUAUGAACCAACUGUACAAAACGUUGAAGACUUGUCAACUAAAGAUAUUCACAGGUUUAAAAUUAAAGUUCAUAAGGAUAAUACAUCUUUAUUUUUUGAUGAAAUGUCUUUAAAAGAAGCGCGGGUACUCAAUCAAGUAGACUGUAAAUUUAUAGCAGCAGUCAUGAAAGGACGAAGUCGAGAAUUUCAAACUCUAGAAGAUUAUCUGAUACUAUUUGAUCAACACGCAGUUCACGAGAGAAUAAGAUUAGAGAAGAAUUUGACAGACUAUUUUAUUGAAGAUAAAUGGAAAAGCGUUCCCCUUGAUAACAUUAUAAUCAAGAUGUCCAAAGACGAAAUAGUUUACCUUCACAAUUACAAGGAUAAGUUCAAUCAACUAGGAUUACAAUGGUCUAUAUUGGACAAAAAUGAAUUAUCGAUAAGCUCUAUACCUGAAGCCAUUCUUGGUAAAAAGCCUAGAGAGGUUGAGAAAGUAAUGAAAGCCAUAAAAAACUUGAUAGUAGAAGAAAUCAACGUAAUAAAACUACAAAAAGGAUGCAUUUCAUCGUACCCGAAAUCAAUAAUGGGUUUAAUAUUCAGUGAGGCUUGUCGAUUUGCGAUAAAAUUCGGUGAUAAAUUAUCCAAGAGCGACUGUGUCGAAUUACUGCGUGAACUUUGCAAUUGUAAGACACCUUUUCAAUGUGCUCACGGAAGACCUGUUAUGGCUGUUUUGGUUGACAUCAAAACUACUAAGCAUGAUUAUAAUAUUAAUAUUGAGAGUUUAAAAUCAUAUAAGCUAAAUAGGAAGGAGCAUGCCAAAUAA